GGAAUCACGUUUAUUGUGGCCGAGAACACGAGGAAGGUGGGGGAUACCUUACCGCGCUCGGUCGCUUUUGACGUCACCUGCUUAGAUACAACUCGGGUGGGUUACACGCCGAGACAAAGGUACACGGUUGCUAGGUGACUCUAAUUGCUGCUUAUUUGCACAGACUUCAUUGAAGGGUGAUUAUAUUCGGAUGUAAACGCCAUGCAGAGGAGGCCACAAGACGCUGCGAUCAGUUCGGGAUUGGCGUUUUGAGAAGAGGGCAUCCUACUAGAAUUAUUGCAGAAGUACCGGCCCCUUGUGCACGGAGGGAACACAAGGGUUGUGUACGGCGGGGUUUGUCUGCACGGCGUGCUGCAUGGUGGAGCAUGACUGGCACCGCGACAUGGGAAAGGUGCACCGAGCGUAAUUUCAUGGCAGAAGGAACAAGCUAGACUGUUGGUAGCAACAGGACAGUGGCAGAUCCAUCCCAGAACUGCAGUGCCCACAAAGUGGCCUGAAGCUUCCCUCGCCAUGGAAGCUGCGUGCUGAACGCCUGUGUUGUACCUGUCGCUGCGGUCGCGCUGUGGGCGCAGGAGGGGCAAACAGAACAGAAUGGCUGCCAUAUAUGCACAUCUGUAGCCUGACACAACCCCUUGAAUCCAGCUAUUAUUAAAGUCUGCUGAAUCUGUUAUGAGGUGACCAUGGAUCUGAUUGCUUGGCAAACCAACUACAGUACUGGGUACGUUGUGGAGACUUUGCCCAAUGGAACAGAGCCAUGUGAAAGCUGGCUCCUUCUUCCCGCAGAGAACUUGUGGCCCUCGGCACUACGAGGGAUACUGUACUUCCUGGCCAUGGCCUAUAUAUUCAUUGGGAUCACCAUUGGCAGUGAUGUCUUCAUGUGCAGCAUAGAAGUCAUCACCAGUAAGAAAAGAAAAGUAGUACGAUGGGAUGAAGAAAGGCAAGAGACCGUGGAGAGAGAGGUCCUGCUAUGGAAUGAGACAAUCGCUAAUCUAACAUUGCUGGCACUCGGCAGCAGCGCCCCAGAAAUCAUGUUGAACAUCAUAGAAGCCGUCAAGGAACUAGGAAACCCACCAGAGGAUGGCUUGGGGCCUUUCACCAUUGUGGGUAGUGCUGCCUUCAAUCUUCUAGUAAUCAAUGCUAUCUGUGUUGCCAGUGUGCCAUCUCCAGAGAUUAAAGCAGUCCGAGAGUUUGGAGUCUUUGUGAUCACCUCCCUCUGGUCCAUGUUUGCAUACGUUUGGAUGCUGGUGGUAGUUCUUUGGGUGACACCAGGAGUCAUUGAUGUCUGGGAGGCAUGGGUCACUCUUGGCUUCACCCCUCUGCUGGUGUUGACAGCUUAUGCCCAAGACAGUGGUUGGUGGUGCAAGCGUCAGCAUUCCAGGAUCCAUAACUCAGAACCAAGCAUUCAAGAAGACAUGAAUGUGCGCGUGAUUGGGAGUCCCCAGGGCCGUGCUAGCGUAUUAAACACAAGAGCACCAACUGAGCUGCUGGCACUGGAAGGCCGCAACAGCCAUGCCAACCUGAGACAGGCUUCUGAACCUGCCAGAUUUAAUGACAGUUUUUUCUCCCUUAGGAACCUGAAUGACAUGGACCGCCCUUCCCAGCAGGGACAACAGCCCACCAACGCUUUAUCCAGAGCAAGCCGAACAAGAGAAAGGCAGAAAGACCCAAGCACCACUUUCCAGUUUCGCCAUGCAGUGGUGAGAUCCAUGCUCUAUCAGAAGAAGGCACCAAAGCCCAAGGCCAGGUUUGCAGAGGUGGUGACAAAGAUGGUGUCCAUCAAGGCCUUGACAAGCCCAGCUAUGAGGCGCCAACUAGCUGCGAACGACAUGAGUGGGAAGUUCACAUUUGGAACCCACACAUACAGCGUGCUGGAGAGUUCAGGGGCCAUAGAAGUGGAUGUGCUGUUUCACAGGAGACGGCUGUCAAAGCUCACCCUCCUCAACAGUAUGUCCAAGCUGAACUUGGUGAACAAAAGUAACAAUGGACCCAACAAUGGACCUGUGGUGAAUGGAACUACCACAGACUCGGGACAAUCUUCUGCCCCCAGCAAGCAAGAUGAGGCAAAGGAGGAUGUGUCUGUGGAGUUUGAGACCAGAGACGGGACAGGCAAGACAGGAAAGGACUACACCCACACGCAGGGCAGACUGGUUUUCAAGGAAACUGAAUACAGGAAGAAGAUCAAGAUUCCCAUCAUUAACGACCAGCAGUACCAGUCAGACAAGGAUUUCUAUGUGAUUCUGAAGAGUCCUGCUCCACGGGAGGAUGCAGCAUUGGGUGACCCCAGCGUUGCUCGGGUGACCAUUAUUGAUGAUGACAAGCCUGGCAACUUUGUGUUUGAGCAGCCAAUAUACUAUGGGGACAGCAGGACCUUCAAAGUGACAGCCACUGUGCUGAGACAGAAUGGCACAGAUGGGAACACCAGUGUGGAGUACACGACUAUGGACGGUACAGCCAAGGGUGGUCCAUUCUCAUCGCCAACGUUGGACUACAUCAGCAACUCAGGCGUGCUGUACUUUGCUCAUGGCGAAACAUCCAAGCAAAUCUCCAUUAAUCUUAACAAGGAGAAAAUGGGUCACAGAAAUUUUGUGAUCUUGCUGAGAAAUCCCAGCCUGGGUUCGAAGAUAGGAGAGCCAGGAGCUGCGGUUGGCUUCCUCUGUAAAGAGGAGGAAGAUGAGCUGGCAGAAAGAGUUGCCAAUGUUGUACCCAUGGGUGAUACAGAGGAAGAGGACACAUCAUGGGGUGGACAGUUCAGAAGUGCGAUGUGCUUGGAGAGUGAGGAGGAUGAAGAUGGAAAGAAGAUUCCUCCCUCAGUGGGACAGCUCAUCAUGCACUUUGUCACCUUCUUCUGGAAGGUCCUCUUCGCAUUCAUUCCUCCAAGAUCUAUGUUGGGAGGCUGGCCAGCUUUUGUAAUGUCCCUGGGCUUCAUCACCAUGCUGACAGCUUUUAUUGAAACGCUUGGGCACCUGCUGGGCUGUGUGUUUGGAGUACGGACCAGUGUGACAGGCAUCACCAUCAUCGCACUGGGCACCAGUGUGCCGGACACGUUUGCCAGUCGCACAGUCGCUAUACAUGAUGUCCAUGCAGACGCUGCUAUUGGGAAUGUUACAGGCAGUAACAGUGUGAACGUGUUCCUGGGUCUGGGUCUGCCAUGGGUCAUCUCCACCAUGUACCACCUGAUCAACGGCACACAGUACAGGGUGCUGCCUGGAAAUCUACGCUUUGCAGUUUUCACCUUCCUGGCUGUUGGAUCUUUGUGUCUGUUGAUGUUGUUCGUAAGGAGAAAGUGUUUUGGAGGCGAGCUGGGAGGAAAGAAAGUGCCCAAGUGGAUCAGUGCACUGCUGAUGUUCUCCUUCUGGGUCGUCUUCAUCGUCCUGUGCAGCCUGAAGGCCUACGACCUCUUACCCUUUUAAAUCAGAUACUGGAAACUCACAGAAGUUGUCUUGCUGUGCUAGGAAGGAAAGAACAAUCUCUGCAUGUCAGUCUCACAGCUGUUCAAGUAGGGACUAUUCUGUUGCAUGUCAAUACUGUCCAUGACAACAAACAAGCCAGAAAAUGUCAUGGGGACUACAUUAUACUACAUCGUAUUGUAAAGACAUCUUAUUCAUGAGAUGUGGAACUACAGUUUUGCUACAAAUUCAAAUGCUGUGAAGUAUUUUCCAUUCAGUUGAAUGUACAUAUAACAUUAUAUUGAUGUUGUUCAUGUAAAUAGACUAAAUACAUCACGUACAUGGACUUUCUUUGGGAUACUUUUCUUGUGUGAUAUCAUAGAUAUGGCUUUCAUCAGAAUUGAAUGGUGUGGUAAAAAACUGCUACCAUGGUAAGUUAUAAUUUUUAUCAAGACUGUGCUGCUAAGUCAAAAAGGAUGUAACAAUUAUGUUUGUCCUCCUGUGAAUGGAGGAGAAAUCUCCACAAAAGUUAUAAUUGAUUGGUUUGAAGGUAACUCAUAAGGAUGUAGAUAUUGUACAAAGCUGAACUUGGAGUUGAUAUUUAUUUGACAGUUGAGAUAUGAUGUAAAUGUCUUAUUCUAUGCAGUGCUGGCUAUAGAUAUAUAUUUCUACAACUUGUAGGUAAAAGCAUUUCCAUGAGAAUGUUAAAAAGUAUUAUAUGGGAAUUCUGAUCUUAUAGGUUAAUAAGUCAAAUACACCAUGAAGGGUACGAGUAGUGUGUGUAUGUACUUACAAGAAAGUGCUGUUGACUUCACAAUGUUGUACCACCUUGUGUAAAUAUUGUAAAAACAGUUAAACUGAACGCUAAGCCUGAAAUUGUCAGACUUGUUGAACUUACUAUUGGUUGCAUAUGCCACUUAACAGUAAUAGCUGACAGGCUCAGCAAAAACAAUGGAAACAUCAAAGUGAAGUUAGGUAACUGGGUGACUGUUGCCCAAUCUAUCCAUUGGAACUUACAUCUGUGUUAGUUUUGUAGGUCUUUUAACACUGGUGAUGACAAUGUUUUGCAAAUUAAGAUCACUGAAUACGACUUUUCAAUUAUCUGAGCAAUGUGUAUUUAUCUGAAUUCAUAUCUGGAGACAACAAUGGUUCAACUGUCAUAUAGUAAAGUUUUUCUAACACGACCAAAAAGUACUCCCAACAUUUCGGUGUCUAUCGUGGAUCUACUUCUCACUGCUACUUAUAGCCGAUGUAGGUGGUUGCUAUAACUUAGUAUAAGUAGCAGUGAGAAGUAGAUCCAGCCAUUCUACCCUGAUGAUGGUGUCUGAUAGACACCGAAUCGUUGGAAGUGAGUACUUUUUGGUUGUGUUAGAAGAACUUUACUAUGGGAGUAUUUCAAAAACCUGAUGAAACUAUUUACAAAUGUUUCAAUAGGUUUAAUGAUAAUCAGAAUGUAGAAAAAUGUUUCCUCAGAAAAAUCUCAUUCAAGGAGGCAGCAGCUUACCUACCAUAAAUGUGACCACUUCAAUCUCAUAAACAUACAUCAUGUUAAUGACAUAGUCAAAACAAAACAGUUGAUUUUUUGAUCUGACAUCUUCUUGGAGUUAGCUGGUCUAGUCUCUUUGAGUAGAAAAAAAAUUUAUAUUUUUGUGUUCCAGUAAAGUUAGCCUUUUACUCCAUUGAGACUUGAUAAUCAUGUGUCAAAGUAGAUUAGGAGACUAGAAGAAGCCAUAAAGAAGCAAUAAUGUUCCCAAUUUGUAAACAUAGAGUAUGGGACACCACUUUUAUACCUAACUGAUCUGCUCUGGUGGUUUGUCAGUUAUUGGGACUAUUGCCAACAUUUGCACGCUAUGGGAGGUAGAAGACACAGAUGAUAUAAUGGUUUACAAGGAAAUAUUGAAAGGGUUAUUACUGAAACCUUCUCUCUGAUUUGUCUUAACCUGUGUUCCAUCCCAGGGUAGGACAAGCUGGCAUAAAGACAGAACCAGCUGGUAGUACAACAGAACUACAAAUGUGAAUGUGUAAUAAGACAUGGCCAGUUUGUUGGACAGACCAUUGGGAAGACAGACCCAACUGGUGCGAGGAAAUGAGUGGCUGGUGAAGGCCCCAUUAGCUUUGUGAUAGAAUUUGUGAUUGCUGUCAUGUUCUGAUUUUGUGUUUCAUCCGUGGAUUUCAGGUUUUGAAAGUUUCAGUCUCUUGAUUGAUAAGUUUUGAACUACCUUUGAGCAGUGAGUGGAUUUGGACUGUCCUUGCGAUAGGAACAAUUAAUUCUUUAAACCAAACGUUCCCCACACCACACCAGUUCAAUUGCUUCAUUUCAGGCUGUUUUUCGAUGAAGUAUUAGUUAAGACCAAUGGAAAACUGAUGAAGCUCUGUAACUGCUGAUGUUGAGUGUUAUGAACAUACCAGACUGGUCUGAAUAUCAAGAAAUUCAACUGGUGUAGGCUGGGGUUGAACUCUCAUAAGUUGAAUUUUUUCAACAACUGGUAUGCCAGAGUGUACACUUCUGAAUUAAAUGUGUGUAAUUGGACAAAUGGA